AUGGAUGCUGCUGCAGCCCACGACCGCAGUAGCCACGGUGGUAACGGCGGCGAUGGCGGCAACAGCCGGUUCGACGCGCCUGGGCAACGGCCCGCCGGCAUGCGUCGGGCCCACGCGGAAGCUUUUCAAAGCAGAAACCCACCAGGUUGGCCUUCUGGGGGACGUGGAGCGUUGUUUGCCGGGGAGCGACAGCGUGAAACUGGCGAACGUCCCGAUGGUGACCAAGUCAACAGCUCGCUGCGUGACGAAGUGAUGGCCUCGCAGAUGCACCGGGGUCGUAGGUCACUCUCAGACUUCUUGAGGGAGGUCGAAGAGAUGGUUCGGAGGCAAAGGGUGGAGAGCAGAGAUCCGGACCAGUUUCCUCCAAGGCCGCAGACCGCACCGCAGUCACCCACGGGCGCUCAUUCGCAUCCCGUGGCGGCGACAGCAAGAGGAAUGGCUGCAAUUCCCCCUCAAGGCUACCCCACGAGCGGUAGCUACGACGGCAGGAGCGCCACCAGCGGCCCUCACAUUGGCGGGACCGCCCGUUACGUGCCUCCAGGAAGGCGACAAAUGCUUCGCGCCGCCGCUGAUGCCCACUUACCCUACCAACCUCCCGUCGGUACCAACGCAGCCGCAAGGCUAGCAACAAGCCCGUUCCAUCACGCUACAGUGUUUGAACUUCCUGGGGGGAAUACUGCGCCGCCCAGUGGAAUCGCCGGCCGGACUCGGACCUUGCCCAACCCUACCUACACGCCCCGACCUUUCUCGAUGCCUGCUGGCUAUGAAGCCCCGACACUCCCCACGUCUGCCGUUGCUGCUGCCGCCGCCACCGCGGCACAACGGGCGGCAACCAACACGGCAGUGGCGGCGCAAGGUGAACGGCCGCCGGUACCCGUUCCGUUGUCCUCGUCUAGCAGGCUGAGCGCAGUAGCCACAGCGUUUUCCAUGUCCCCGGGAGGCUACGGUGCCCCCGAUCAGAACCACCACGAAGCGACGGCCGCAGCGGAAGGUGGCAUCUCCGGUUUGACCGGAACGGAAGAAGAGCUAGCAAGACAGGAGAGGUGGUCCCAGGAGUGGACCAUGGCCGUCCAGCAGCAUGCGCUGCGCGGAUUGUCGGUCGGAGACGGUGCCGGAGCCCACGCACAACAGCAGCACGGAGACUCCCCCGCCGUUUUCGCUGGUCACCGCCAACCCGGCGGAGUCGUCCCUAUCGGCAUCCCGGACGGGUCAUCCGGGCUCAUCCCGCAAGAAAGGUUUACCCAGGCCCAGCGGGAGAUUUAUCAUGACGGGCCCCUUCAGCAGGGUCGUCACGGGCCUUUUCUGCAGAUGAUUCCGCUGUCUCGCAUGACAGCGCUCCCACCGGAGGCAGGAACGGCAGACGGCGGAGGAACAGCGCCCCCGGCGAUGGAUGGAAGCUACGACGACCGAGUGGGGGAGGCUAUCGAACAAGACCAAGACUCUGCCCAGGGCCACCUGGCGGUGUUGCCGGCGUUCAGGCAUUGGGAGUCCCAGAGGGCUCGACUGCGGAUCCAGUGGCACGAGCCUGCCAAUGCCCCCGAGCUCGUCCCGAUGGAGAGCCCGGGGUCGGAUGGGACGUUGGUCGUGACGGAACACCUACCGUCCAAUGGGCCAUCACCCCGCGGGUUCGAUAGGAACGGCGCUCGUCAGGAGAACGCCGAUUUCCGCAGCGGCGGCGGCGGCGGCGGCGGCGAUGACGUCAGCAAGGUGGAAGAAGCAUUGUUUUCUUGCCUCAUGAGCCUGGACAUACGCCGGCUUUUGAUGGAACGGGGGAAGGGAGUCAUCCCCAGGGCCGGGAACCACCGAAGGUACAUGGGUUCACACUCCAGUAGAGCAGAGCUGUGGACGACCGCACGCCUCCACAGUCCGGCGUGGCUAGAGAGAUGCCGCGACAUCCAGUCCGAGCCCUCACACCCUAACCCACACUCUCGUGAUGGGCUCCGCCAAGUACCUCACGGCUCGAGACGGUAG